UCACCCAUCGCGUGUGUGACAGCUCGCUGUAUGUUGUGUGUUGGUUCGCUUUUGUUACCAUUUCGCUGCCAGAGAAACAUAUUUUUCUUCCAUCGUCAUCGGGAAUCGGAUUUUUUCUAAAUUGCUCCCUCAGGUUCUCAAGAUAGUGUUCUAAAAUAUCCGUGUCGCCCGUAACUACCGCAGCCGGAACCAAGACGAUUUAUCGACGUGCCGAACAAAGAAAUGUUAGUUCGGAAAGCAGCCCAAAGUAAAACGAAAAUCUCUGCUGAUUGAGGAAAUUGUUUUUUUUACGUGCGUGGCGAUUACGCGCAGAGUGAAAGGAUUCGAUUCUAGGAUUUUCGAGCAUUUGCGUGUGGUGUAAACAAAACUCGCCAACAUGGUUCUAGCGGAUCUGGGACGGAAGAUCACGAAUGCGUUGCAUUCGCUGAGCAAAGCCACGAUUAUCAAUGAAGAGGUCUUGGACUCGAUGCUGAAGGAGAUCUGUACGGCACUGCUCGAAGCUGAUGUCAACAUUCGGCUGGUUAAGAAGUUGCGAGAGAAUGUGAAAUCGGUUAUCGAUUUCAAUGAAAUGGCAGGCGGGUUGAACAAGCGACGUAUGAUUCAAUCGGCCGUCUUUAAGGAACUGGUCAAGCUGGUGGACCCAGGAGUUAAACCAUUCCAGCCAGUGAAGGGUCGGCCUAAUAUAAUUAUGUUCGUUGGUUUGCAGGGCUCAGGAAAAACCACGACCUGUACGAAGCUGGCCUACCAUUAUCAGAAAAAGAACUGGAAAGCCUGCCUGGUGUGCGCGGAUACGUUCCGUGCCGGUGCGUACGAUCAGAUCAAGCAAAACGCUACGAAAGCACGCAUCCCGUUCUACGGCAGCUAUACGGAGGUCGAUCCGGUCGUUAUCGCUCAGGAUGGUGUCGAGAUGUUCAAGAAGGAAGGUUUCGAGUUUAUCAUCGUGGACACCAGCGGUCGCCACAAGCAGGAAGAGUCACUGUUCGAGGAGAUGUUGGCGGUUGCGACGGCUAUCAAACCGGACAACAUUAUCUUCGUGAUGGACGCCACCAUCGGACAGGCUUGCGAGGCGCAAGCGAAGGCAUUUAAGGAAAAGGUUGACAUUGGGUCGGUUAUCAUCACCAAGCUGGACGGACAUGCCAAGGGAGGUGGAGCGCUGUCGGCUGUGGCCGCAACCAAAUCCCCCAUUAUCUUCAUUGGCACCGGUGAGCAUAUCGAUGAUUUGGAAUCGUUCAAGACGAAACCGUUCAUCAGCAAGUUGCUCGGAAUGGGCGACAUCGAAGGGCUGAUCGACAAGGUGAACGAGCUUAACCUGGAUGACAACGAGGAGCUGAUCGAUAAAAUUAAGCACGGACAGUUCACGAUACGGGACAUGUACGAACAGUUCCAGAACAUCAUGAAGAUGGGACCGUUUUCGCAAAUUAUGGGCAUGAUACCGGGAUUCUCGCAGGACUUCAUGACGAAAGGGGGCGAACAGGAGUCGAUGGCACGCAUCAAGCGACUGAUGACGAUGAUGGAUUCGAUGUCGGACGGUGAGCUGGACAACAAGGACGGGGCGAAACUGUUCAGCAAGCAGCCGAGCCGGGUGAUUCGUGUUGCGCAGGGUUCAGGCGUAACGGAACGCGAAGUGCGGGAUCUGAUUUCGCAGUACACCAAAUUCGCAGCCGUUAUCAAGAAAAUGGGCGGCAUCAAGGGACUGUUCAAGAGUGGCGAUAUGACGAAGAACGUGAACCCGACCCAGAUGGCCAAACUUAACCAGCAGAUGGCGAAGAUGAUUGACCCGCGGAUGUUCCAGCAGAUGGGCGGCAUGAGUGGGCUGCAGAAUAUGAUGCGACAGCUGCAGCAAGGUGCCGGUGGGCUUGGGAAUCUGAUGGGUGGGUUUGGUAAGUCCUAAGAGUCUUGGGUUGCGUAAAGGAAGUAGAAGUAUCGUGUCUGCGUAAUAUCUCCAGCAUUAUCUAUGUUGUUGCAACAGAGUUUAUUAAUUUUUUUGUGUUUUGUAAUGUUUUAUUACGUCAAAGCGAAAGAGACGGACGAUUCGAUUCGAUAGGGAAAUACAAAUAUAAAUUCUAUCUUUACCACAAA